AGGGUUUUAAUUCCUUCCCUCCGCUCCCCCUUUGAGCUCGCGAGCUGAGCUUUUCCGAGAUUCCCAGAUCGGAAAACUCCACCGCCACCGUCUCCAUCUUCAGGAAGAUAGUUCAACAAAAACUCUGUUUCUGUUAAGGAGAGUCAGUCAUCAUGAGUGCUCACAGGACACCUAAAACAGGAAGACAAUCUCUCCUCUUCCAAGACUUAGCUUCUCCCGUCUCCGCACGCCGCGGAAAAUUCUCAACCCCGGGGCAAGCAGCUGCCGUCUCCGCACUAUGGCGCGAGAAUCUCGGAGCCUCGGAUCUUCCACCUCCACCGAUGUAUACUCUCGACGACCGCUCAGAUUUCUCUCCUGAGUCUGGCAUUGCAGACUACUCCGCCUCUCCGGAUGUUAGAUCCGAGAGACGGACGACGCCUAUUCAGAGCUCUGGGAAGAACGUUGUGACUCCCGGUAAAGGGAAGUUGGAGGCAAGCUCGUCUUUUUCGCUGCUGAGUGGGCAACAGAGUCAGCAAGUGUCAGGGAGUCCGAGUUGGUGGUCGUCGCAGGCGAAGGGAGGAGGUGGUAGUAGUGCUGAGCAGGAGGAUAAAGGGAAAGGGUCUCCCGUUGAAGGUGUGGUUCAGCCUGGUGCGUUGGUUACUCUUCCGCCGCCGAGGGAAGUUGCUAGGCCUGAGGUUCAGAGGCAGGUUAUACCCACGGGGAAUGUUCAAGAGGAGGAGUGGGUUACUGUUUAUGGAUUUUCUCCAAGUGAUACAAAUUUGGUACUAAGAGAGUUUGAAAAGUGUGGGAUGAUCGUGAAACAUGUUCCUGGUCCAAGGAAUGCUAACUGGAUGCACAUCCUCUACCAGAACCGGUCCGACGCACAGAAGGCUCUGAGCAAAACCGGGAUGACGAUCAACGGAGUGAUAAUAGUAGGAGUAAAGCCAGUAGACCCAAUACAGAGGCAAGCCUUAAACGAAAGGCUGAACAACCAAGGAUUCAUGCCUUUACCUCCACCAUCAUCAACUAGAGAAACCGAGUUUAACACAGCUAGGGGAGCCUCUUCUCGUCCUCACUACUUGCAAAACGGAAGCGCCUUCUCCCCUCAACCAAACGGUGGCGCCAUGGCCGUUCCAUCAAAGUCGGUGGUCUCAAAGUUCGUUGACUUGAUGUUCGGUGUUUAAAAGUUUACACAGUUAAAUGGAAGUUUUUUUUUGUGGGUAGUGAGUGGUUAAGUAAAUUCAGAGCGUGGUUUCAAAUUGUAAGAGGUGUUUCAAAAUGGUCUUUGUAUUGACGACAGCUAUGAUUGGCAUAAAUCUGAUUUUAAAAAUUCAUUUUUGUAGCAGUUUAUUUUUGUUUGUAUUUGAGCAGACAGAGGUCGUGCCUCGUGCAGAGCGACCACC